AUGGACGCCCCCGCCGAGCAAUCCAAGAGUGCUUUGAAAAAGGCUGAGAAGCAGGCCAAGCUCGCCGCCGAAAAGGCGGCCAAAGCCGCCAAAAAGACCAAUCUCCCCGUCGUGGGGGGUAAGAAGACGGACGACAUCAUUGGCAUCACCGUCUCCAAGGCGGACAACUUCCCAGCAUGGUACCAAGAGGUAGUGCUCAAGUCCGACAUGGUCGAGUACUACCAAGAGAUCUCGGGCUUCUUCGUCCUGCGCCCCCUGUCCAUGUACAUCUGGAGCUCGGUUCGCAAGUGGUUCCAGGAGCGCAUCGAAGACCUCGGCGUCGACGAGGCCAGCUUCCCCAUGUUCCUGUCCUCCAAGUCGCUGGAAAAGGAAAAGGACCACGUCGAGGGCUUUGCCCCUGAGCUGGCCUGGGUCACCAAGGCGGGCGACAAAGACCUCGAGGUUCCCGUCGCCAUCCGUCCCACCUCCGAAGCCGUCAUGUACCCCUACUACUCUAAGUGGAUUCGCAGCCACCGCGAUCUCCCGCUCCGACUCAACCAGUGGAACUCGGUCAUCCGGUGGGAGGCCAAGCAGACAACCCCCUUUCUCCGAACGCGAGAGUUCUUGUGGCAGGAAGGCCACACCGCCCACCUGACCGAGGAGCUGGCUGGCGAGGAGGUCCUGCAGAUCUUGGAGCUGUACGCCGGAGUCUACGAGCAGCUCCUUGCGCUUCCCGUCGUUCGCGGACGCAAGACGGAGAACGAGAAGUUUGCCGGCGGAUACUACACCACUACCGUCGAAGGCUACGUCCCUGCUAACGGCCGAGGCAUCCAGGGAGCCACGUCCCACUGCCUGGGCCAGAACUUCAGCAAAAUGUUCGACAUCACCGUCGAAGAUCCUGCCAACAAGGGUUCGCACAUUCAUGUCUGGCAGAACUCGUGGGGUCUCUCCACCCGUGUUAUUGGCGUCAUGAUCAUGGUACACGGCGACGACAAGGGCUUGGUGCUCCCUCCUCGCGUCGCCAAGGUGCAGACAAUCCUAGUACCCGUGGGAAUCAACAAGAGUACCACUCCCGAGGACCGCAAGAAGCACGAGGAACAGCUCAACGGGAUCCGAGCUGCGCUGAAAAAGGCCGGCGUCCGAGCCGAGUCGGAUUUCAGGGAGGGCUACACCCCUGCGUGGAAGUUCAACGACUGGGAACUCAAGGGUGUUCCCCUGCGGAUCGAGUUUGGCCCCAAGGAUGCGGCCAAGGAGGUUGUCAGCUAUGCGCGACGAGACACGGGCGAGAAGGGGACCAUUGCUAUUGCUGAAGUCGGCACCAAGAUCCCCGAGCUCCUCGAGACGAUUCAAAAGGACAUGUACAACAAGGCCGAAGCGUCCUUCCGCGAGCAUCGCAUCAAGGUGACCAAGUGGGAAGACGUGCUACCAGCCCUUGACAACAAGAACGUUGUCCUCAUUCCCUUUUGCUUGGACGGCAAGUGCGAGGAUCGUAUGAAGGAGCUCACCACCCGAGUCGAUGACCAGCCCGACGUGCCCGAGAACCAAAAACUCCCGUCUAUGGGCAUGAAGAGUCUCUGUGUCCCCUUUGAGCAGCCCCACGGUCCCGAGCUCGUCCCCGGCGAGACUGCUUGCCUGAACCCGGAGUGUCAAGGCAAGGCGCAGAAGUGGGUCAUGUUUGGGCGGAGCUACUGA